GCUGAGACAGAGUCUCUAAGUAAUGUGUCAGCUGACCUCACCAUGAUAUCUCUGAGCUGACAAUAAAAUAACUUUCACUUGAUCAGCAACUGGAGCAGAAGCAUUUUUACAGUAAACAGCCCAUAAUUGAAAACAGUGUUUUAAUUGACUUGUGGCCAGAGCAACCAGCUCAGCCUAUAUGAAUACAACAUCGUUGAAGGUCUAGAAUGAGACACUGAAUUCAACUUCAAUGACAGAUGCAAGAUUAGGAAAUUGCCUCUGCAAUUUAUUUCAGAGGAGCCAGACUGUCUCUCACUCGCCCCUGUAUGUUGCGAUGCCCUCUCAACCAGUUCACUUCUUGAGAUGCUGCUGUUACCGAUCAUAUUACUGGAAAGAAGCAAGCUGACAGACUCCCCCUUCAUGGCAUUGGUUGCAUUGGUCAAUAAGUACAGUCUGUACAUUCAGUAAGAGGAGAGAGAAACUGUGCGAGCAACAGAAAACAAGCUUCCUAUACCUCCAUCAGAGAACAGUUAACAGUGGCUACAUUCAUUAUCAGAAAGCUCAACUUACUGAAGCCACAUUAAAACAGCUUGCAAGAGACCCAUUGAACCGAUGGAAGUCACAAGGAAAGAAUGAGCCUCACAGAACAGUGAGCUGACACGGGCCCUAUUUAUUGAGAAGUGAGCAGUUUGAUUUAUCUAGCCCAUCUGCCAAACACGGAAAAAGCAGGCGAGAAAGAGAAGCUUCUUUAUUACAAGCCGCACCAAAGAUGGCCAGCAUGGCAGUCCAGUUGUUAGGCUUUUUCUUGGGUCUUUUUGGUCUUUUUGGGACUUUGGUGGCUACUGUUCUGCCCCACUGGCGAAGGACGGCAUAUGUAGGCUCCAACAUUAUCACGGCAACUGCAUAUAUGAAGGGGCUGUGGAUGGAGUGUGCUUGGCACAGCACAGGCAUCUACCAGUGUGAGAUCCACCGCUCCCAGCUGGCCCUGCCCAGGGACCUGCAGGCUGCCCGUGCUUUGAUGGUCCUCUCCUGUGUGCUUUCCACUCUCGCUGCUGUUCUCUCAGCAGUGGGGAUGAAGUGCACCCGCUGCGUCCGUGGAUCCUCUGCCAAGAACCCCCUGGCAGUAAGUGGAGGUGCCAGCUUCGUGAUCGCUGGCAUCCUCGGCUUGGUCCCCAUCUCCUGGUCCACUAAUGAUGUCAUCCAGGACUUCUACAAUCCCAUGUUGCCCAAUGGCAUGAAGUACGAGAUCGGGCAGGCCAUUUAUGUGGGCUUUGUCUCUGCUGGCCUCACCAUCCUUGGGGGAGCCCUUCUUUGCCUGUCCUGUGGGGAUGUCCAGAACCACUUCCCUUACCGGGCUCAAGUCCCCCGUGGCACACACAGGGCUGCACCAGCUUACCAUCCCCCUGCCGCCUACAAAGGCAACCACAACCCCUCCAGCUCCUCUGCCUCCAGCAGCGGGUAUAGACUCAACGACUACGUGUGAGUGGCGCAGAGACUCUGCUAGAGACUGCAGGCACAAAUCAGGAGUAGGUUUGGAUAGCCUCUUAUUUGCAGUGUUGUUCGCACAAAUAACAUGAUCUCUUAAGGAACAGACUCAAAGCUGAGAUCCGCAGCUGAUUUUGACAGCUUGUAGAUUUUUGCUGGAAAAUAACCAAUUGUUUUGUUGUUGUUGAUUUUGAUUUUGCAUGAUAUGUUUAUAUUUAUUGGUUUCAUGCUUUGUUUUUUUUGUAAAUGCACCAUGUGUAAAUGUUGAGUUUGUUUUUCAUACACACUGUUAAUUUUACUGCUGCUGCACCGGUCUCUUUUAUGUGAAUUGGCAUUGCUUGCUGUUAUUCUGUAUUGCCUAAUUUGGAAACAUAUUUGAUAACAUACAUACAAUCCAUAAGCGAGUGAACUUCGUUAUUUUAACAGGACAUUGAAUGACAACAGAUUUAAAAGAGCUAAAUCAGUAUGAUUGCUGCUAGUCAGGGGGGCUGAGGGCAGUGUAUAGCUUGUUACUACAGUAUAAUGUUUGCAUAUGAAUUGGUAACAGAAGAGGAAGCCUUCUUGUAAGCUCUUCUUAUAGGAUUCCUCCACAGAGGGAUCAGAGGCUUUCUCUCUCAGUAUACACAGGGAUGAGAAUGACCACUAAGCUGAUACAUUUAAUUUCAGGUACAGAUUGUGACUGCCAGCCGUAUCAGCAGCUGGGUACAUGUGUUUGUGUAACAGCAGAUGGGUACAUGUGUUUGUGAUACAGCUACUGAAAGUGUAUAACAUCAAAGGAACACAUUGUUUUCAUAAGAAAAGUCAGAGGUAAGAGUCAGAGAUGAGGAGUGAUUGCAUAUUUUGUCAUGGGGUAACAGCUUGUAUUGUACUGUGCUGCCUCUUUGUACAUGUCCAUUAUAAAGCUAUAAUGACUGAAAAGCUAGUGAUUGGCUUGAGACAGACACAAGAUUUACAAAGCUUAGAAAGCCUACAAAUUCAAGAAUAUAAAGUCUUUGGGUCAUUGUGAAUAAACACAUUUACAUUAUUGCUGGCUUUUUUGCAACAGCUAGACUAGAACAAUUCAAAUUGUAUUGUAUUCAUUAAAACAGACUUUGAAAAAAAAAAAAAAAACUUUUAAAACAAUUGUUCAAUACACCAUGUGAAAGCUUUUUAGAUUGGGUUCACUGUGAUCUGUGUACAUUCCCAUCCCUGCUGCUGGCCUGAGUUAAACCAAAGUGGAAUUCAGCUCUACAACUAACAGAUCAGCUUCGAGCCUGUCUGGAGAACAAAACUACUUUGCAAUCAUGAGAGGAAACAUGAGAAUACAGUCAAAAUGAUAAACAACAUGAUCCUGAAUCACUCUGAGCAAUUGCAAUACACCAUAACAUAAUGCAAUGAGGGAUAUUAAAAAACAAUUUACACAAAACUGCUAUUUAACCAUUAUACUGUACUUAAUAACUAAACAUUUUAAAAUGAAAAAAUUACCUCUCUGAUGUAAAUCCUUUCAUUUCCCAUACUCUUACUCGCCAUUGGCCGCACUAGAGUAUAUACUUACUUCCUGUGCAACACCUGACCCAGUUGGGAUUGUGAGACAUAGGAAGAUGUGAAAUAAAGUAGGUGGGUGCAUACACUGACUUGAAAAUGAACACUGAACAUCUUAUAUAAUGAAAUGAAAGCAUGGGAACAGAUACUCUAACAUAGCAGGACUCUCUCGUGGCACUGUGGGUCCAUUCCAAAACAGGACCUUGCUCUAAUGCCUUGUUAGCAUUUAGUCACAGAGCCCCUAUUGCAUGAAAUAGUCUGGACCAGCGUAUCCAGAAUAUGAUCAAGCAUCAGAUAAAUAACCCAAAUGUAUCAGCUGAAUGUAGUACAAUAACUAAGAUUGCAUUUAUUAUAAUGAGAGGGUUCCAGCAACGGUGGAAGCAUAAGAGUUUCUGAUCCCAGAUUGAAUGUGUGAUGUUUGUCAUUGUUAAUGAUGUGAAAUCACUGCUCUUCUGGUCAUCUUGUCAGGACACUCUUGUAAAUGAAGCCUCGGUCUCAAUGGGU